GCGCGGAGCUGGUAACACUGCAGGCCACAGUUCAACAUGGCGCAGGAGUAUCAAUACUUCUACGAGGAUGAGGUGUACAGAUUCAACAAAAAGGGGAAUUUGGAGCUCGGAAUGGUGCUGGAAAACGCUGAGUUCGUGUCCAGCGAUGAGGAGUCAGAUGGCGACGAGGAGGACAAGGUGACCAAGGGCAGCAUCAGAGUGGCCUGGUACCCUAAAGGCGAGGAACAGGUACUCCCCGAGCGAAAGGUGGGGCUGGCAGACCGCUCCCUCAUGCCGGGUGACGUGGUGCGGCGGCUGAUCCGAGGGAAGGACACACAGCGGGGGUACUGCCGGCAGGUCCAUGUCACCUCCAGUGUGCAGGUUGUCGGCACCAACCUGGUCAUCCUUAAUGUGGAUAGUAAUGACCUCACACCCCUUGAGGAGUUCACAACAGACAUCGCAGUUGCGCUGGAUUCCUGGGUUGGUAUGGUGCACAUGGUGAAGUGUCGCCUUGUGAUGGUGAGUGGCGAUGGCUCCCGCUGCAUCAUGUCCGAUGGCGAGGCACUUGAACUGGACGACCUGAGGGAUACGCGUGACAGGGUUAGACUGGAUUCAGAGUUUCGCCGAUACGACUUCUACCCCGGGCAGCAGCUGGUUGGCUGUUCUGCUAAUUUUGAACAUGCUGAGUGGCUCCACAGCACCAAAGAGAUGGAGACAGCGCUGGCUAAGCCUCGCAAAACCAUCAAAGUAACGGUGGAGCAAGUGCAGGUGGUGCAGCUUGGUGUUCGUUGGCAGUGUCGUGCAUUCUCAAAUGAUGCAAACAUUGACAAGGAGCAACCAAAGUACCUUGUUCAGGGAGAAGAUCUGAAGAGGGUGAAGAUGCUGAAUGUGUUUGAGCCCUGUACACUCCAGCUGGGUGACCGCAACUACUACUCCUCCAAGGAAGGUGAUGUGAUCAUGACGCGUGAUCAGUGGCGGCGGCUCAUGGCAGCACAGCUGUCCGCUGACCACACCAACCCCUGCCCUCUAAGGCCCCGUCCCCCUAAGAACAAAACAAAGAGAAAAGUACGGUCUGUAUUAGCUGGUGCGGUUGAGGUGAUACCAGAUCCUCCUCCUGUUCCCUCCCAACCAAGUGAGGACACAGAGGGUGAUGUGAUGGCUGCAAAGGAGGUCCAGGGGGCUGAUGCCACUGGACUGGUUGAAAAUAACAUUAAGGAGGAAGGCGGCAACAACGACAGUGAUGGCUACAUUGACCUCGACACAGAUGACUGCUCAGACACGGCUUCCAUCAGCAGCGGUGCAUCUACAGGCUCCACUGGGAGGCGUAACAAGAAGGGUCCUGCACUGAUGACAAAGAUGAUGAAGAAGCGCAAACUGAAGCGGGCCAAGAGGAAGACCACAAGUGAGGCCACCACCAUCAAGCCGGGUGACCAGCUGGUGGUGGAGACACUCAUGACCACCUCCAAGGCUGAUGUGGUGUGGCAGGACGGAACUCUCGAGAAAUCCAUCCUGUCUACUGUCCUCUACCCUAUCCACCAUCUGGAUGACCAAGAAUUCUUCCCAGGUGACUUUGUGGUGGAGCAAAAGGAUAGUAUUGACCCACAUGAGUAUGGUGUUGUGCAGAAGGUGGACCAUGCAGGACGAACCUCCAUCGUCAAGUGGUUCAGGACAUACACUGCUGGGAGUGAACCUUGCCCCCAGCUGUUGACUCAGCAGGAGAUGAGUGUGUAUGACUUGCGGGACCACCCAGACUUCCGUUACCGCCCUGGGUCAGUGGUCAUCAGGGUCGCCAACUUUGAGGAGAAACAGAACUGCUAUACUGGACAAGUGCUGGACAACUUUCCCAGUGGAGAAGUGAGUGUGUGGUGGGUGGAUGGCCAAAAGUCAGUGUGUUACCCUCAAGACUUGUACAAGGUUGGGGAGUAUGACUCAGAUGAAGGAGAACUCUGGGAUGACACAGCUUCUGAUGAAUCCUGGGAGACGGAAAGUGAACACUCCGUCAUCGCAGAGGAAAGUGAAAGUGAGAGUGAAGGUUUACUCAAGACUCGGCUGGUGGCCAACAUUGAGAAGGCACGGAUAGCAAUGAGUCGCUUGGAGGAGAUCUUCACCCAGAACCCUUCCCUCCAGACUACUGCCGUCAUGAAGCAACUCCUUGACUGUUACAAAGAGUGCAGAUACAUGGACAAGCUAAUGGGGACAAGCUUCUUCCAUGAGAGCAACUUCCAGGGAUUAAUUGAGAAGGUACGUGAGCGUGGCCGCGCCUCCACCACCCAGCGCAUGACAGAGCAGAUCAACCGCCUCUUCUCCACAACUGAUGCUGAGGCCGGCUUGCUCUCCUCUCAGCUCAGCACCAGUGAAGAGGGCAAGGGUGAGCUGGGGAAGCCUGACAAGCCUGAUGCCCCCAAGAGUAACAAGAGCAGCUCAAGCAACAAGGAUAACAAGAACAGCAAGGAGUGUGAGGUGUCAGGCAUUACAGACAGUGAUAUUUUGUCCUCCAAAGAUGCCAUUCUGAACAGCUCCACAACUCUCUCAGAAAACCUGGCCAACCUCAGCAUGUCUCAAUGCAGCAAGGCCAGCAAGCCAGAGAAGGCACUGGAUGGUGGGCGCAACAGAGGUGGAGAGCUCCGUCAUAAGAGGAUGAGCGAGACAGACAUGACUCUCCACGAGAAGGCCCACACAGACACUCGUCUUAAGGACUCUAAGAGCUGCAAUGAUCUCAAGGUAUCAUGUGAGAGUGGUGUCACCGAGGAGAUCCGCACAUCUCAUAUGUGUGCUCAGCUGUGCUCCCUCAUGAAGGCACAGCUGCUCAAGACCUAUGAGGAGGUGGUCUUUCGUUUUGGGGGACACUUUGAUAUGAGCCUCAUGCAGGACUGUCAGGAGGAGGAGAGAGUGCCAUUGGAUGAGGAGCGUGCUGCAUUGGAGGAGGAGAGGAUGCUGGUGGAGUGGGCACGCAUGCACAGUGAUAACAAAGAAAACAUUCCCACUUUUGAAGACAUUGUGAAUGAGAUGACCAAUACACCCAACCCUGUGGAAGCCACCUCACCCUCACAAGAUGUAGACACAGCCCCGGCAGAGGCAGAGGCUGUGUCUGAAAAUGUGAAGAAAAGUGAAGAGCUGCCUUCUCUAUUAUUCUCUUCGAUUUCUGUGUCGCCUGUCACCAAUGGCAGCAUCAUUGCUAGUAAUGGCAAUGAGAGUGAAGCCACCAACAGGAACACCUCUACUGAAGAUUCUGCAAAUGAUGACUUAAUAAAUGCCAUCAUUGCAAAUGCUGUUGCUGCUGUCAACGGUGAGGUGAUCUCUGCUGGAGCCAUCAACAUGUGUCCUGAAGCUGUUGUCAGUCCCACAGAAGGUGUUGGAGAAGCAAUUGCCAGCUCUGAGCCAGACGGGUUCCAGGUUCUUGAGGCAGCCCCUGACAGCCACAAGUUUAAGUUGACCAUGUUCCAACCCACUGACCCACAGCACUUCUAUCGUACUGUACGCAAAGAGAUGAAGCUUCUCAACACAUCCCUUCCGCCAGGCAUUUGGGUCAGGGGCUACGAGGACAGAAUGGACCUGUACUCCGUCAUGAUCCGGGGCCCAGAGAGGACCCCCUACGAGGAUGGUCUCUUCUUUUUUGACUUCCAGCUGUCUGCAGACUACCCUCGAGCACCCCCUCUGUGUCACUAUGUCACAUACUGCUCUGACAAGCUCAACCCAAACCUGUAUGAGGAUGGAAAGGUAUGUGUCUCACUGUUAGGCACCUGGAGUGGGAAGGGCACAGAGGUGUGGACCAGCCAGAGCAACCUCCUGCAGGUUAUCAUAUCCAUCCAGGGUUUGAUCCUGGUCAGUGAGCCAUACUUCAACGAGGCUGGUUAUGAGCGCCAGAAGGGCACACAGCAGGGCCGAGAAAACUCUCGCAUGUACAAUGAAAUGGUUGUGUUGAAAUUGAUCCAGGCAAUGGCCAAGGUCAUCCAGGCACCUCCUGACAUAUUCAAAAAGGAAAUUAUUCAUCAUUUUCAUGUGAAGGCAGCCAGACAAGUACAGAGGCUGGAGUGUUGGCUGGAGAUCUCUGAGAACUACAAUGUUUCCCACCCUCUGUCACCAACCACUCCCACCACCUUCAGGGAAAUACACAACUCAGCUGUGAAGGUUGACUUGCCAGAGUUUCCGCUCAUCCCCGCUUCCAAGGGCUUCUGCAUCACCCUGCGUAAGACACUGCAGCAGUUCAAAUCCAUCCUGGAGUGUGUUGGAGUAACCUUUGACUCUGUGCCAGAUGUGGCUGAGGGGAAGGCGGCUCCGGCUCCUACUGAGAGUCAGCAGGCCACAGCCACCUCACCGGCCCUCGCCGAGCCCAAGAGUGUGGCCAGUCGUAACUCGUAGCUAUUAUCCAAUUCUAGCUCAUUUUUCCCAUUUAUUAUUAUUAGUCUAUUUAUUAAUGAUGGUGUUCAGUGCCUGUGUGGGUUGUGGCGUUCAUUGGGCCUUGAGAAGGAUGGAUUUUGUAAUUUGUUUGUUUUAUUGAAUAUGAUAACUCAUUUUCCCUUCUGCAAUGAAGCAAAGAGGAGAUGAUAUAUUGCCACUACAGUCAUGGUUUUAUUAUUUCAGAUAUUCGAUUUAAUAGGAAAAAAAUAUAUCAAUUUGUUUAUUUGGUUGUCCUGAUGAACUGCAGUUGUUAAUCUGUUAAUGAUCUAUAUUUUUGUGAACUUUGUGAUAGUGAUACCUCCAAUGCUACUUAUUUAUUAUCAAAUUAGUUUAUGUCUGUGAUUCUCAUUUACUUUCAGUAUUUAAAGUGUCGUGAACAUAUCCACACAUGGUUUGUUCUAAAUUUGCUGCUGAGAUUUGCAGCUAUUUGAGGAUGAGGGCACAAGCACUGUUCUCCUCCUCGCCUUUGAGUAAAUACAUGUGAGCAUUAGAUAUGCCAGGCUUUGUCUUGCUCUUGUACUGUGAGGUUUGACAGUCAGUGUAGCCUGGAUAUUAGGAAAUCAUCUGACUUCUUAGCUUACGUUGAAUAUAUUGUUUUGUUGAUAUGGAUCGUGAGGGAAAUAUAAUGGUUGUUGAUGUUCUGGAUGGAAGUUGGUGCUCAUUAAAUAGUUAAUCAUAACAUACAUAUUUUCUUAACAUGUAAGUCACUGUUUUCAGAAUUUGAUGAACACCACAAGUAAAAAAAAUGUAAAACCAGUGGAAAUAUGAAUAUUUCAUGUCUACAAGAGACCCAGAGAACUUUAAAGCAAUCUUUUGUUAUUAUACAAACACAAACUGUGCAUUAAGUUUACAGCUGAGGAAGCUUAGUUUGUGUUGUCUUGAUGGGCCAUAAUGGACUGUGUGGAGUGGGCACUAGCCAGACACUGCCACUCCAUUCCCUUGCCAAUCAAGCAGCAAGCAGUGCAGGCAGAGUGUUGUGACUAUGACUGUCACUGUGGCAGGGUGUUUGCUGCUUCAUUUUGUUUUACAAUAAUUAAGGCUUAUGCACUGUAAUAGUCAUUCAAAUUAAAUAGCUUCACCUUUCUCAUUAACCUAUAAGCUGCAACAUCCCCCAUUGGAUUAUUCCUGAGCAAGUGACAUACACUCACAUAUAGUCCAGACCUAGUUUCCAAAGUGGGUCUGAUUAUAGAUCAAUACACCACAUGUCACCCCCUUUUCUCCAUCUUUUGAGUUGGUCACUUUGCAGUCACAAUGGAGGCUGGAAAGUCGAGUUGUGAUGGCAAAAAUGCACAGGGAAGGAGAUAGUUUAAAAAAGAAAAAAAAAGCAGCAUCGAACUGGUUAAUCUGUACUUUUAAUUUGAAUGAUUUGAAAAUUAAUCACAUGGACUUGGAUGAUUGUGUUAAAUAUUUGAUAGUGAAAAUUUUAUGUAUAAUGAAUAAAUUAAAAAAAAAUCA